AUGCUUACGCACAGAAUUUCUGGAAUGAACCUGGGCAGAAAGUUAAUUGGCUCCGAUGAUAAUCGUUUUCCCAAGUCCCUCGAUGUAGAAGUGGACGGGAUGUCUGUGCUUGAAAUUUACAAGUGGAUUCAUGGAUUUGAUAGGGAGCAGGAUGAGUGGGGCAAUGGUCUGGAGGCAAUGCAGAGAGCUCUGCAGAUGGAGAAGGAUGUGAACCAGAGUCUGCUGGAUCUGCACAAACUCUCCUCUAGCCACACUGACCCUCAUCUGUGUGACUUCCUGGAGAGGCACUACUUGGAUGAGCAAGUGAAGAUGAUCAAGAAGCUGGGAGAUCACAUCACCAACCUGAAGAGACUGGGAGCCCCUGCCAAUGGCAUGGGAGAGUACCUGUUUGACAGGCUCACACUCAGCUGA